AUGGCCUACGGCUUCCGCAGCAGUGUCUGGGACCCCGUUCUCAUUAUCAGCCAGAUCGUCUGCAUUCAGUGUCUAUACUACGGCGCUGCAGGAGCCCUGCUAGCCCUUCUGAGUCCCCUUUCCAGUUGGCAGACCAGCCUCAGCCUCCUCUUCGAUGAUGAGGAGUUGCGUUUCCGUGAUCUGCAGGGCCGUUGCCUCAUUGCGGUCUUCCUGCUUGCGGCCACAGCCUGUGCUUUGGGCCUCUGGCGUCUUGUGAAGCGCACCAAACUCUGCCUCGACUUUGCCUGUACUCUGCACUUUUGGCAUCUAAUCUUCUGCUGGGCCUACAACUCCUCCUUCCCGGUCUCCGUUGCUUGGUGGCUCACUACCAUCAUCUCCAUUAUCCUAAUGACUGUGUUGGGCGAAUUUCUGUGCAUGCGCAGUGAAAUGAAGGCCAUUCCCCUGGGCGGAGGUGGUGCAGGCUCUCACAGGAGUGCCGUCUAA